GCCCCUGUGUCCACUCAACGAACCCACAAGGUCGGGAAAAAAAUCUGUAAAUUGCAUUUUUAAAGCCAAAGAUUGGCUUUAAGGCUCCUUAUUUAUUCCCACCGUGGCAUACAUCUAGACACGAGCAGCAGUUGAAGACAGUCGCGUUUUUUUACGGCUUUUAGCCCACCAAACCACGUGGGACGUUAUACUCGACGGCUUCAUUGAACAAGCUCACAAUCAGAGAGAGUACCAGGAAGACAGACAGAGGGAGAACUGUGCUGAAAGAACAAUGGGAGUAGACGUCGAAACCCUCAGACCAGGAGACGGAAAGAAUUUUCCGAAGAAAGGAUCGACAGUUUCAGUUCACUAUGUCGGCACCCUGACAAACGGCAAGAAGUUCGACUCCUCCAGGGACCGAGGAUCACCCUUCCAGUUCAAACUGGGCGCAGGUGAAGUCAUCCGUGGUUGGGAUGAAGGUGUAGCUCAGAUGAGCCUGGGCCAGGUGGCCAAGCUGACCUGCUCUCCGGACUACGCGUAUGGCAGCAGAGGAUAUCCACCCAUGAUCCCUGCAAAUUCCACUCUUAUCUUUGAAGUGGAGCUUCUGAAAUUCUGAGGGUUUAAAUUGAGUGUUACUAUUCAUUUUUCUUCCUCAUCCUUUCCAUCCACAUUUAAUAGUUUGAUCAAAGGUGCUGUCAUUAUCAUUCUGAAACACUGAUUAAUUAUUGUAGAAAGAGUUUGUCUCAAAUACAUCUUGUGUAGAUGUAUUUGAGACAAAUGAGAACAGGCAAAUAAGCGUCUUAAGGUAGUGAGAUGAUUGUGAAGUCUCUAAAAUUUGAAGUAGUAGUAAAAUAAUUUGGGGAAAUGCUGGUAGCUUUCUUGCUGGAAGUUGGAUGACAUCAGUAAUACUUCUCUCUGUUCAAUAAAUAUGAAAAACCCAGCUUAAGACCAGAAUUCAGCAAUGUCUCUGUUCAAAGAAAUCAAAAAUCCACCAAGGCCAGUGCUUUAUCUUGUGAAUUUUAAAUAAAAUUAUUUCAGAUGUUUC